UUCACCCACUUUCCCCAUAUCUAUUUAAAGCCAGAUAAAAAGUCCAAGAUGUUCCCUAAAGAGAACAUCCUAUUGUAUCUUCCUUCAGCAACUUACCCCACAAUUACAGGGAGGAUGUCAGAGCUAGAAAAGGCUUUCCGUAGGUUUGCAAUUUAUGGCGAAAGCUCCACCAGCGGCAAUGAAAUGACAAACAAGAACUUUUCUAAGAUGUUGAAAGAGUGUGGUGUGGUGGACGGAGAGAUGGUUACCAGCACUGAUGUGGACAACAUGUUCAACAAAUACAAAUACAAGGGAGCCCGAAACAUCAAUUACAUUGAGUUCCAACAAGCCCUUAAGGAGCUGAGUGGAAAGCGCUUUAAGGGCAAGUCCCCUGAGGAGGCUUUGCAUGCCAUCUUCAAGCUGAUGGAGGGCAAAGAGCCAGACAACCUGGGAUCCACAAAAUCUGUUGCAGCCAGUGUGGUGGAAAGAUUGACCGAUACAAGCAAAUACACGGGCUCUCAUAAGGAACAUUUUGGCAAUACUGGCAAAGGCAAAGGUUUAACUGGGCACGUAGACAUGGCUGACAAGGGCCAUGUCGGGGCUUGCAAGGGAACCUAUGACAAGACCCACUAA